CAUGUUUCGCUUUCUGCGACUACCUGUUCGUUGCAAAUUUCAAUACUGCUCCUCUCGUCCCUCUCCGGUCCAGCUGCUUGCUUCCGCAAAAUCGAGCCCAAUUUCUCUGCAGCAGCGGAAUGCGCAUAUUCCCCCGAUAAUGGAGGCACCGAAACAAAACCACCGAAACGCCCCCAAGCGGCAGAAGAGGAACCCGGCCAAGCAGCGAAAGGAGAAGUCAAACGAGUUUGACGAAGUCCUACAAGCCGACGUUGACAGACUACUGAAAAGCAAGCGAGACGGCAGCCCAGCCGCUGCCACUCCCCCGCAGCCUACGCUCCCAGAACCCUUUACAGAGAUCGAAGUGACAGUCGCCGAAAUAUCCUCGACGGGUGAUGGGCUGGCGUUGUCCGAAAAUGGUGACCAUGUCUAUGUCGUCCCCUUCACUGUUCCCGGUGACAAGGCCCUUGUGAAGGUCGUGCGGCACGUCAAUGCCCUAUCCUACAGCGUGACGGACUUUAUCAAGGUCAUUGAGCCCGGUCCGCAACGGCGAGACGACGCAAUUGGAUGCAAAUACUUUGGCAAAUGCUCGGGUUGUCAGCUGCAGAUGCUGUCUUAUGCGGACCAGCUGGCGCAUAAGAAGCGCAUCGUGGAGAAGGCGUACGCCAACUUCUCCGGCCUUAUUCCGGAACUGAUUCCUGCCAUUGGGGAUACUUUCCCAUCUCCCCUGCAAUACGGGUACAGAACUAAGCUCACACCGCACUUUCCACCUCCAAAACGCAAUGACGCCGGAGAGCCCCAAGUACCGCCUAUUGGCUUCACAUACAAGAACCAGCGCCGACACCUAGAUAUCGAAGACUGUCCCCUUGGCACAGACAUCAUUCGAGCAGGGCUCAAAAGCGAGAGGAAGAAGGUAGCGGAAAAUUUGCAGCAGUACAAGAAGGGCGCUACGAUCUUACUGCGCGAAACAACUUCCCGCACACCCAAGAGCUCGACAGACACCGACCCUACCUCCGCCACAAAACCCACCGUAAUCACCUACGAAAACAAGAACAAGCCACACCAAGAAUCAGGCGACGUCAUCACCCUGGAUCGGCCGAACUAUAGCGAAGAGAAACGGUGCGUGACAGAUCAAAACGCCACCUCGGUUGAGUACAUCGACGAUUACCUCUUCACCAAUAAAGCCGGUGCCUUCUUCCAGAACAACAACUCGAUCCUUUCCGGAUUCACAGAGUACAUCCGCGAACAUGCCCUUACUCCAACCUCCGACAAAUCUGGUACCCCCAUUAAAUACCUCCUGGACGCCUACUCCGGCUCCGGUCUCUUCACGAUAACGCUCUCUCCGCUAUUCAAAUCGAGCCUGGGCGUUGAUGUGGCCGGUGACUCUAUUGUAUCGGCGCGCGAAAAUGCGCGUGCAAAUAACUUGCCUAAUACGGGAUUUGCCGCUGCUGAUGCUGCGGUGCUCUUCAAAGACGUGCCCUACCCGCCCGAUCAAACGUUACUAGUUAUUGAUCCGCCGCGCAAGGGAUGCAGCGAAGAUUUCCUGAGGCAGUUGCUGGCGUACGGACCGAGGAGGGUUGUGUAUGUCAGCUGUAAUGUACACACGCAGGCGAGAGAUGUGGCGGUUAUGGUGCAAGGGGAUGAGAAGACAGGUGUCAGGUAUAAUAUUGAAAGUAUUCGUGGAUUUGAUUUCUUUCCGCAGACGGGGCAUGUGGAGGGCGUUGCCGUGUUGAAUAAGGUUGUCGUGUAG